AUGAAUUGUGGCCGAAAUGAGUUCCACAAAACCAGAACUGGUACUCAUUUGCCAGAGAGCCCAAGAGUACCGAUGGAGUUUCUGUCAAGAUCAUGGAGUGCCUCUGCUCUUGAGGUCUCUAAAGCCCUUGCACCCCCACCACCUCCUUCUUCUUACAUACCUUCCAAGCCUCCUAUUAUACCCUCUUGUGUCACCAACUCCAUUUCCGCGGAAACUUCUUCUGCUCAGUCAGAGGAAUUCUCAACAACCAUGUGCAGCAACCAGUUCUCUUUUGCUUCCUCCUCGACCUCACAGCUCGUCCUUGACCGCAUAAUGUCACAGUCAACUAGAGAGGAAGUGUCGCCAUUAACGUCAGGUAGACUGUCUCACAGCAGUGAACCUUUGAAUGGCGGUGCUUCUCUAACCGGCACGGACAGUCCACCAUUCUCUCCUUCUGACGAGUUUGACGAUGUUGUCAAGUUUUUUCGGGCAAACAACUCCAUUCAUCCCUUAUUCAUUGGUGGACGAGGCAUGAGUGGUGCUACAGGUACUGGCACUCCUUGUUCCGGACCUAAAACAGUUGGAAGAUGGUUGAAAGAGAGAAAAGAAAAGAAGAAAGAAGAAAACAGAACCCAUAAUGCUCAACUGCAUGCUGCAAUUUCUGUUGCUGCCGUGGCAGCUGCAGUUGCAGCUGUCACUGCCGCAACGGCAGCCACAUCUGCGGGUACCAAGGAUGAGAAGAUGGCCGUGUCUGUGGCUUCUGCGGCCACGUUAGUUGCUGCUCAGUGUGUAGAGGCAGCUGAAGCAAUGGGAGCUGAGAGAGAUCACCUUGCUGCUGUGGUGAGCUCUGCUGUCAAUGUCCGUUCUCAUGAUGAUAUCACAACGCUUACAGCUGCAGCUGCCACCGCUCUACGUGGGGCAGCGACCUUGAAAGCAAGAGCAUUGAAGGAGGUGUGGAAUAUCACUGCAGUGACUCCAUUAGAGAGAGGCGUAGGGAUUGGAAUUUGUGGUAAAAGCAACAACAGUAAUUCUAGCACCAGUGAUAGUGGGGAGAUUACGAAUGGUGACAAUUUUUUGGGUGCCUGCAACCAAGAGCUCCUUGCUAGAGGCACUGCACUACUCAAACGGACCCGUAAAGGUAAUUUCAGUAACUAA